CCCAAAUUAGUAAUUUAUCUCUCCAAGAUAAUUUACACUCAUACUAUCUCCGACCUUCAUUUUUAAUUUUCUCUCGAUCACAAUUCACAAUUACAACUUCUCCAAACUAAACAAAAAGCUUCGUUCUUAAUUGAAAAAAAAAAAAUCCCUCUUUUUCCCCCUAUAUUUUGAUCUUUACCAUGAGCAAACCCUAAUUUCGUACUCCCGAAAUCUUCAUAUUCAAAUUCAAAUUCAAUUACUUUUACAAUUAAUUACUCCUAUCGCACUUUAAUUUGAGCCCCUCAAAUUUUCGCAGUUUCGAAACCCUAAAAUCUUCUCGAUUUUUUUCUUCUCAUUGAUUAAUUUACAAUCUUCUUUCCUACUUUUUUUUUUAGUACAGAUCUGAAAUCUUUGUUAGGCAUUUAAGUUCAUAAUAGUGGCACUUUUUUUGGACGUCCACUAUUCUUCUUCGAAUUCGCAAAAAUUCGGAUUGUGUAUAUACAUAUAAUCUUUAGGAUUUCUGGGUUUUCUUUUGUUUAGGUUUAGAUUUCUGGGAAAUUUUAGGGUUUAGAUUUUGCGAAUUUCGAAGAUGAAUGACAACAUUAGAGGUCGUUAUCCUCCUGGAAUGGGCAGAGGUAGAGGCGGAAUGGGCGUAGAUGUAGGCGGCGGAGGUGGUGGUGGAAACCCUAAUUUUCAACGUAGGAAUUAUGAACAGCAGCAACAUUACGCGCAAAGAGGGAUGAUGCAGAAUCAUCAUCAGCAACAACAUCAGUUUCAACGGCAGCAACAACAGCAGCAACAUCAACAACAUUUUCAGCAUCAUCAGCAACAGUUGCAGCAGAUACAACAGCAACAGAAUCAGCAGCAGAAGCAGAUGCAGCAGCAGCAACAACAACAGCAGCAAUGGCUUAGGAGGGGUCAGUUAGGGGGUAUAACGGAGGCCGGUGUCGACGAGGUUGAGAAGACAGUGCAGUCCGAAGCAAUUGACACGAGUACACAAGAUUGGAAGGCAAGGUUGAAGUUACCACCACCAGACACACGCUUUAGGACAGAGGAUGUGACAGCUACUAAAGGGAAUGAAUUUGAGGAUUAUUUUCUCAAGCGCGAGUUAUUGAUGGGUAUAUAUGAGAAGGGUUUUGAAAGGCCAUCCCCUAUCCAGGAAGAAAGUAUUCCAAUUGCGCUUACUGGGAGUGAUAUUCUUGCCAGAGCAAAGAAUGGGACAGGAAAAACUGCUGCCUUUUGCAUUCCUGCUUUGGAAAAAAUUGAUCAAGACAACAAUGUUAUUCAAGUUGUCAUACUUGUUCCUACGAGAGAGUUGGCUCUCCAGACAUCACAGGUUUGUAAAGAGCUUGGGAAGCACCUGAAUAUUCAAGUUAUGGUUACCACUGGUGGAACCAGUUUGAAGGAUGAUAUUAUGAGAUUAUAUCAGCCAGUCCAUUUACUUGUGGGAACUCCUGGCCGAAUAUUAGAUCUGGCGAAGAAAGGAAUUUGUGUUUUGAAAGACUGUUCUAUGCUUAUAAUGGAUGAGGCUGAUAAGCUUUUGUCUCCGGAAUUUCAGCCGUCUAUAGAGCAGCUUAUCCAAUUUAUGCCUACGAAUCGUCAGAUCCUAAUGUUUUCAGCUACAUUUCCUGUCACUGUUAAAGAUUUCAAAGAUAGAUAUUUACAUAAGCCUUAUGUUAUUAACUUGAUGGACGAGCUUACCCUGAAGGGUAUAACACAAUUUUAUGCUUUUGUUGAAGAAAGACAAAAAGUCCACUGCCUGAACACCCUUUUCUCCAAGCUUCAAAUCAACCAGUCAAUUAUUUUUUGUAAUUCUGUGAAUCGUGUUGAGUUGCUAGCUAAAAAAAUAACAGAACUUGGGUAUUCUUGUUUUUACAUUCAUGCAAAGAUGCUGCAAGAUCACCGCAACAGAGUUUUCCACGAUUUUCGUAAUGGGGCAUGCCGAAAUCUUGUGUGCACUGAUUUAUUUACUAGGGGAAUAGACAUUCAGGCUGUCAAUGUUGUUAUCAAUUUCGACUUCCCAAAGAAUGCUGAAACCUACCUCCAUAGGGUUGGUCGAUCUGGGAGGUUUGGCCAUCUUGGUUUAGCAGUGAAUUUAAUCACUUAUGAAGACCGUUUCAACUUAUAUAAGAUUGAGCAGGAACUUGGAACUGAAAUAAAGCAGAUUCCUCCACAAAUAGAUCAAGCUAUCUACUGUCGUUAAGUAGCUGAGUUUAACCGAUGCUGUACUCUAUGGGUGAAUAGAUGCUGGUCAUGGUAUGUGUAUCAAGAUCGGAUUUUCCCAGCUCAGCAUCAGAAUUGUGAUUACUGUAGACUUUUGGGUGAUGUCUAGUUCUGUCGUCAAGUGUGUCUUGUGCAGAUCUUCAUGGAAUGUUCCCUACUACUAGAUAGUAUUGUGUAGGAAGGAGAUAUUUUCAGGAAUAACUUAUUAAGAUAUUUAGUCAGAAUGUUGCUCUGGGGUUAGAUGCCUGCAUUAACUGGCUGGAAGGAUGUUCCAUCCCUCUGUCUGACUUCCAUCAACAACCUAUUAGCUUGUUUCCUAUCGUUUGUUGCAUUUGCCGACUGAGGUAGUUGAAUUUCUGGAUGUUGUUCCUUGUUUGUUGUGGCAAAAAAAUAAAGCACUCCAUGUUCAUCUGGAGUGGAGUUUUUUAGAUUGUGUAUAGUAUUACAACCAUCUUUAUUUCCGUAUUUCACUUCUACAAGCUCCUGGCCUGGGGGCUUUUUGGUAAAA